AUGGGGCUUACGGGAUUCAACACAGAACUAGAUGGAGAGGCAUUCGCAAAGACCAACGGAGUGAAGCAGGGAUGCUUGCUGGCGCCUACCCUCUUCAGUCUUAUGUCCUCUGCCAUGCCAAUGGACGCCUACCACGAUGAACGCCCCUGGAUCCGCAUCGCCUACAGGACGGACGGUCACCUCCUGAAUCAACGACGGAUGCACUUCCAGUCGCGCGUAUCCACAACCACCGUUCACGAACUUCUCUUCGCCGACGACUGUGCCCUGAACACCACCUCGGAAGAGGAGAUGCAACGCAGCAUGGACCUGUUCUCCGCCGCCUGCGAGAACUUCGGUCUGGUCAUUAACACGCAGAAGACGGUGGUGAUGCACCAACCGCCACCCAACUCGGCCACAGCCCCCAACGCGCCGCCGCAAAUCAGCGAGAACGGAACCCAACUGCAAGCUGUGGAGAACUUCCCGUACCUGGGCAGUACUCUCUCCCACAACACCAAGAUCGAUGAAGUAGUCGCCAAAAGGAUCUCGAAAGUCAGUCAAGCCUUCGGUCGCCUCUAA